UGAAACCGUUAACUCUACUGAAAUCGUAAGCAAUGGCUCGUACCAAGCAGACCGCUCGUAAAUCCACCGGAGGAAAGGCUCCUCGCAAACAGUUGGCCACUAAAGCUGCUCGUAAAAGUGCUCCAGCUACCGGAGGAGUCAAGAAGCCACAUCGUUAUCGACCAGGAACCGUCGCUUUGCGUGAGAUUCGUCGUUAUCAAAAGUCGACUGAAUUACUGAUCCGUAAGCUUCCAUUCCAACGUUUGGUUCGUGAGAUCGCUCAAGAUUUUAAGACCGAUCUUCGCUUCCAGAGCUCGGCUGUUAUGGCUCUGCAGGAAGCAAGUGAAGCUUAUCUGGUUGGAUUAUUCGAAGAUACCAAUCUGUCCAUUGCUAUAAAAAUGACUGGCCGUGGUAAAGGAGGAAAGGGACUGGGCAAAGGAGGAGCCAAGCGUCAUCGUAAGGUUCUGCGUGAUAACAUCCAGGGAAUCACAAAGCCCGCUAUCCGUCGUUUGGCUCGUCGUGGGGGAGUGAAGCGUAUUUCCGGUCUCAUCUACGAAGAAACUCGUGGUGUGCUGAAAGUAUUUCUGGAAAACGUUAUCCGAGAUGCUGUUACCUAUACCGAACACGCCAAACGGAAGACGGUUACCGCAAUGGACGUUGUGUACGCUUUGAAACGCCAAGGUCGUACUCUCUAUGGUUUCGGAGGUUAA